UCUUACUCUCCCAAGCUUGCUUUACUAAUUUUUUUAUUUACACAAUCGAAGAUGGCUAAUUCCGUUGCAAAGGAUGUGACUUCUAUUCAUGGGCAGAAUCCCAUGCAUCUGGUGGAAAAAAUAGUUAGAACUCGCAUAAUAGAUUCUUUGUAUUGGAAGGAACAUUGCUUUGCUUUAACUGCAGAAACUUUUGUGGAUAAAGCUGUCGAACUUAACCAUUAUGGGGGUCAUUACGGUGGUAGUGUUAAGGCUACUCCCUUUCUUUGUUUAGUAAUGAAACUUCUUCAGUUGCAACCUGAUAAAGAAAUAAUUAUUGAGUAUCUUAAGAACGAGGACUUUAAAUAUUUGAGAAUGCUUGGAGCUAUAUAUCUGAGGUUAACUGGGAACGCCCUCGAAAUAUAUCAAUAUUUGGAGCCUCUUUACGACGACUUCCGACGCGUUAGGUUCAAAAAUCGAGAAGGCAAGUUUAUUGAGUCCCACGUGGACGAAUUUAUUGAUAAACUUAUGCAUGAGGAACGCGUUUGUGACCUGAUUUUGCCAAGACUUAUGAAAAGAAAAAGUUUAGAGGAGCUCGGCCAGUUAGAGCCCCGCCAAAGUGCUAUAAAUGAUGAUUUUGACGAUGCAGAUUUGCUAGAAAACUACCAAAAAGAAGUAAUUGAGUACGAGCGUAAGGAAAAAAUAGCCAAAAAUAUUAAGAAAAGCGGUUAUCGCGAUCUUGAUGCUCCUCGUGAAAGCUCGCCGCUGCGUCACGUCGUGAGUAGACAUCGCUGGCGGAGCCGAAGCCGAAGUGCCACCCGCGAGAAGCGACGCAGAGGAAGAAGUAAAGAGAGGGAAAGAGAACGAGCGAGGAAAAAAGAACGCAGAAAAGAAAGUAAAACGAGAGACUCCGAAAAGAACACCAGAAAAAAAAAGAAGGGAAGAGAUCGAACAGAACGAGACAGGUCUCGAGCUCGACGCAGCCGACAUGGCCACGAGGAAGCGAAAAAGAGAAGCACCGAAGCGCCCAACGAGGAGCCCAUCAACAGCGACGAGAGAGAGCCCGGAGAGAUCGAGGCGGGCGCCAGCCCUCAGCGUUUUGCAGUCUCGCACGUGUUAAGGUAUAAGAAACCCUCGAAAAGCGCCUCCACUAGCGAGACGAGGGCAAGUGUGGAGACAAAGGAAAAGAGGCGCGGAGGAAACAGCGAUGAGUCUCUGUCCGUCCAACAAACCAAUCAGUUGAGGAAGUCACUGGGGCUUGCUCCUCUGAAGACGACCACAUAAAAAAAUUAUGCUUCACAAGUGGA